UGGACAAGAUUUGGGCCGACAAGAACAUGAAGAACGAGAUGAAAAUCAUGAAAAUCUUGAAACACCCGAAUAUAAUACAAGUACACGACGUGACGAAGACUACAUCCAUGGCCUAUAUCUUCAUGGAUUUGGCCAAAAAUGGGAGCAUUUCCGACGAAUUGGAGAACACGAAGAGACCGAUCGCCGAACCAAAGGCCAAGAAGUACUUCCGCGACAUAAUCGCUGGCCUUUACUAUAUGCACACCAAAGGUGUGGCCCAUCGGGACAUCAAACCCGACAACUUCUUGAUCUCCGAGAGUCAACGGGUUUUGAUCACUGAUUUUGGUUUCUCGUGCGUUACGAUUGAUGGCACCGAACGGCUGAUGAAAGGGACCGCUUGUGGCACAAGUGAAUACAAAGCCAUCGAAAUCAAGACAUUGAGAGAGGGAGAGGUAUACGACGCCAAAGCGUCCGACAUGUACUCAUUGGGAGUCUCUCUAAUGACAGAAUCGGCGGAGGAGUACAAGGAACUGAUCGGACAGUUUAUAGCCAACAAUAAAUACAAAGUGAUUAAAUACAUGGCUUCGGGCUCUUUCUGUGCGAUAUUCAAAGUGAAAGAAAUGAACACAAAUAAGGAAUUGGUCGCCAAACUAGAGGCCGAAGAGACAGAUAAUCCUCAGUUAAGCCACGAGUUCCGCAUUUAUCAGCUGUUGAGGUAUGAGUGCAAUCACUCGGCGAUUCCCAAGACAUACUUUUUCGGCUCAUUUCUCACAUACCGGGCUCUUGUGAUGGAACAGUUCGGCCCUAAUAUCGCCACAAAGUUUCAAGAAUGCAAUCAAAAGUUUGGCGUAAAAACGGUCUCACUUUUGGCCAUUCAGUUGAUGGAUAUCUUUAAAUACAUUCACAGCAAACGUGUCAUCUAUAGAGACGUUAAGCCGGAAAACAUAUUAUUAGGUUUACCACAAACUCCGGGCGCAAACCUCUUGCAUGUCGUGGACUUUGGUUUGUCUAAGGAAUACAAAGACCGAAACGGUGUUCACAUCCCAUAUAAAGAAAACGUUGGACUCAACGGUACGGCAAGAUAUAUGAGUAUUAAUACACAU